CAGUGAAACAUCAGUUUGAGUGAAGUCCAAUUAGCUAAUACAAAAUUGCAUCUUGACUUUGCUGUACAUUUGAGCAGGAAUUUUGGGAGUAAAAUGACAGUAAUUUUGAGCUACGGGAUAAUAUCAUUGCUUCUCUUUGGCUGUCAAGCAAAUGACUUAUUUUUACAGAAAUCAGCUGCUGCACAGUUCCUGUUUCGAUUUCGUAGAGCUAACAAUUGGAGAUUUGAGGAGCUUAAGUCUGGGAAUUUGGAAAGAGAGUGUAUAGAAGAAACCUGUUCCAAAGAAGAGGUCCGAGAGAUUUUUGAAGAUGAUCAAAAAACUGAAAUUUUCUGGGACUUCUAUACAGGCAGAACAAUAUGCGAUUCAUCUCCCUGUCAAAAUAAUGGGCGGUGUGUAGAUUUGUACGGCGAAUUUUAUUGCAAAUGUCUUGGAGGAUUUAAUGGAACAUUCUGCGAACAAGAUAUCAAUGAGUGUGAGCUCAUGAACCCUUGCCCACCAGGAUCAACGUGCGUAGAUGGAGUCAAUAACUUUACUUGUAAUUGUCCACCUGAAGGGUGCAAUUUAUUCAGAAACGACACUGGAUUUUACUAAAAUUUUAAUUAAAUGUACAAGUUUAUGGAUACACAAAUGGAAAUGAGACAUAUGUUUUCUAAAUGAUGCAAUCAAUCAUAACCUGUGAUUACUGAUCUCUUCUGAUUCUGGUCAUCACAGAAUGAUUUAUAAAGCAUCUACGAAACUUGACUUUGUUGUCAAUGCAACAAUUUUUACACUUGUUCCAAAAAUAAAGCCACAUAUGGAACAUGUUUCAACUAAAUAAUCAGUACUAUACUUUAAAUGUUUCUGAUUUAAGUAAAAUAACAAAUUCAGUCUGAAAUGUGACAGUUUGAAGAUCUAUUGUUAUUCUAACAUACUGUAGAAAAUUAUUACUUGUUGGAAAGAGAAAAUUAUUUCAUGUCACAACUACAAUUUCAUGUAUCUUAUAAGAUUGAAUAAACUAAAUAGGCUGCUCAAUAUUGCAAAUUAAAUUUGGUCUGUUGG